UAGACUCAGUCUAGAAGAGACAUUCAAAAGCCAGGGUACCUUGGCAGCACUGUUCCUCUUCCCAACAUAAGUAAUAUUUUCCCAACCCCCUGAUGGGCUGGAAACUUGCUGGCCCCGGUCCCUGUGGACACACCCUUGGAUGUUGACCACAAGAACGGCCAGGUGCAAAUUGUCUCUGGAGCCAGCCUUGUAGGAGCACCCAGGAGACCAGGAACUUCCAGGAAUCUACCAGCUCAGUCGAGAUGAGCACCCUAUUGUUGGAGUGAACAUUCCCACCUGCACUGAAGAAGAUGGAGGGUUUUCCAGGUUUCUCUCCAGCCAGCUUCCUCCUCCCUUUUCUUCUUCUCCAGGUGCCCACUCUGUGCUCAGCAGGGUUCGGGUUUUCUGUGAAGGCAUCCGCUGAGCCCGUCGUGGUGCUGCUCGGGGAAGACGCCAUCCUGCCCUGCCAGCUGUACCCCGCGCAGAGCACGGCCCACAUGCACAUCCGGUGGUACCGAGCGCAGCUCUCCCCAGCGGUGCUGGUGUUCCAGGACCGGCAGGACCUAGGCGGGGAGCAAAUGCUGGAGUACCGGGGCCGGGCGGAGCUGCUGGGAGCCUCCCUCGGCAGAGGGGAUGCCACCCUGCAGAUACGACGUGCGCGGACCUCUGACCAUGGCCAAUACCGGUGUCGGGUUGAAGAUGGUGACGUGUUCCAGGAGGCCACUGUGGAGCUGCAUGUUAUAGGCUUGGGCUCUGUCCCUCACAUUUACAUGAUGGGCCCUGAGGAAGGUGGGAUCAGAGUGCUGUGCUCCUCAGGUGGCUGGUUCCCCAGUCCCAAGGUGCAGUGGAGAGACACAGCAGGAGUGAAGCUGCCUUCCCUGCCUGAGUCUCAGAGCCAAGAUGGGGAUGGGCUGUUUCGUGUGGUGGCAUCUCUUGUAGUCAAGGACAGCUCUGUGGGCAAUGUGACCUGCUCCAUCCAGAAUCUCCUCUCUGGCCAGGAGAAAGCAUCAGCUAUCUUCCUCCCAGAGCCCUUCUUCCCCAGGGUGUCUCCGUGGAAAGUGGCCCUGGCUGGGACUCUCCCUGUGAUAGGGAUCCUCCUUUCUGGGCUCAGCUAUGUUGGCUGGAAACAACAUCAAGCCAAAAAGAGAGCAAUAAAGGAAAAGAAAAAAGAAUCUCAGGAAACAGACCAGAUGAGGAGUGAAAAAGAAAGUGUGCUUAAGGACCAAGAGAAACUCGAGGCAGAGCUUGAACGGCGAAAGAAAUUGUACCACGAAGAUUGGAAGAAGGCCCUGAUAUAUCCUGACUGGAGGAAGGAAUAUUUUAAGCCUGCUCUUGUGUCUCUAAAUCAUGAAAUAUUUGACCAAAACAAUUCUGAUCCAAAGAGGAAAGAGAAUUGCAAUGAGGAAAUACAAGGAGAUGGCAACCUUAUCACACUUGAAAAGAAAGACUUCAAAUCAGGGCAAUAUUAUUGGGAGGUGGACAAAAUGGACACUGACGAAUGGACUCUGGGCAUUUAUGAGGAGCACGAAGAGGAGAACGGAUUAUCCAAAGAAGCAUCAAAGAAAUUCAGAGUCUUAGUGAAGAGGGGCUGUGAAUAUAGGGCUCUCGCCUAUUGUUCCCAAAACAUUGCCCUGGAAGAGUCUCUCUUAAUAAAAGAGCAUCCACAGAAGAUUGUGAUUUUCUUGGAUUAUGAGGACAGCAACCUUUCUUUCUAUGACGUGGCUAGCGGUGCCCAUAUCUUCUCCUUCACCCAACCUAGCUUCUCUGGAUCAGUCAACCCUUACUUUAAACAUAAAGCCAUAGAACUCUCUCAUCUGAGCAAUAUUAAGUGACUUGGAGGAAGGCCUUAGCAGCCUGUUUUCUGUAAACGCCAGGACUUCAGUCCUUGACUGGGGAUCUCAAGCAUUACUCAUUAGGAGAUUGCUUAGCCUGAGAUGCUGUGAGUCUUCUUAGCCAGAGUUUCGGAUUACACCAGUGUUUUUCAAAGAAUCUGUAGAGGGGAAUCAGGUUUUUGUUUUGUUUAUUGGUUAUUGUUAUAAAUGUUGUUACUCGGUGUAUAUACAAUAUAUUACAGACUGGUAAUUUUCUAAAAUAAAUUACUGGAAAAUUACAAGGUAUGCAAUUACAAA